AUGCGGGUGUGGGCUGUCAGCGACAUCCACACCGACUAUGCCCAGAACCUGGAGUGGGUGCGCGCGCUGGCGGCCGGCGGCGGCGGCAGCGUGGCGGGCCUGUCCCGCGACGUACUGCUGGUGGCGGGCGACGUCAGCGACGACCUGGCCACCCUGGAGAAGACGCUGCAGCCGCUGGUGGACGCCUUUGCCCACGUCUUCUUCGUGCCGGGCAACCAUGAUCUCUGGGUGAGGCGGGACGAGCGUGGCCAGUACGACUCACUAGAGAAGCUGCGGCGCGUGCAGGCGCUGUGCGCGCGGCUGGGCGUGCGCACCGAGCCCGCCUGCGUGGGCGGCGUGUGGAUCUUCCCCAUCCUGAGCUGGUAUCAUGCCAGCUGGGACAGGGAGCCCGAUGUGCCGGGCGCCCACCCCAUCUCAAAGGCACGCCCGGGCUGCGUCAUGCUGGACUUUCACGUGUGCAGCUGGGCCUCAGCUCCCCACCUCAGCCCGCACAACGACUCCCUGGCCCUCCACUUUGACGCCCUCAACGAGCCCGCCUUCAGCCGGGCGCUGCAGGAGCAGGCGGCGGCGGCCGGCGGCGCGCGGCCCCCCGUCCUCUCCUUCUCCCACUUCCUGCCCCGCCAGGAGCUGCUGCCUGAGAAGCGCAUGCUGUACCAGCCCAACCUGGCCAAGGCGGCUGGCAGCGACGCUCUGGAGGCGCGGGUGCGGCGCCUGCGCCCCCUGGCCCACGUCUUUGGCCACACUCACUUCUCCUGGGACGCAGAGGUGGAGGGGGUGCGGUACGUGCAGUGGCCGCUGGGAUACCCGCAGGAGCACGCGCGCAGGCGCGGCGGCGGCGCGGGCUGGCUGCCGCUGCCGCUCUUCGACAGCGACGCCGUGCGGCCCGGCGUCGGCGACGGCAGGAGCGGGCUCGCGCCGCCGCAGGCGUGCUACUGGUCAGACCUGUACAGCACCUACCCUCGCAAUCCCGCCAACAUCACCGCCGCGCCCUGGGUCACCACCACCACCCGCGCCUGA